CAUCAGUGAAGUGAAUUCGAACCGAGGGAAGCUUUGAUCACGGUUCAACAGCGCAUGUUUCGGCGGGUCUGUAGCCAGCGUUGCGCUGAAUAAGUUAGCUAUUGUUUAACGGUUCAGAUGGUUAGAUUGCUCCUUCUGAGAUGCUACAGAGGUCACAGGUUGUGUGAAUUACACAGUAGCCAGCUAACUACGUCCGGGAUUUAUACCGGCGUCAUGUCAUUAAGUAACGUUAGCUAAGUUAGAUGUCUAAAUAAGCGGUGUCUUUUACUAUCUAACUAAUGGAUUUGUGUCUCUGACACGUUGGUCCGUCGAAUUUCCUUUUGGUGACAUUUUUAAUGUUCUUUCGUGCCAUAAGCGCAACCUUGCCGCUUGAUUUUGCUAGCUAGGUAGCUAACCUGGUAGCUACAGUAGUCUGCAUUGCAAAUUUGCUACGGAUGUUCCUUCUGAUUGCGUAGGUGAAAAAGUUGUAAAAUGAUCCCCCGGUCGAGUAAAGAGUUUCUUGUCCGGAUAUCUGGCUACUGGAGGCCAUUGUUCAAGGGCAGGUUUCUCAUUGUAACGAACACGGUGAGCUGCGGAGGUAUGCUGGCAGCCGGCGACCUGAUCCAGCAGACCCGAGAGAAACGACGACUUCCCGAAAAAAAGCAUGACUGGUUCCGAACAGGUCGCAUGUUCGCUGUCGGAUGCUCCAUGGGGCCCGUCUUGCAUUACUGGUACCUGUGGCUGGACAGUAUUUACGUCGGCAAGGCUUUAACCAGCGUCACCAAGAAGGUUCUGCUCGACCAGCUGAUUGCAUCCCCCACCAUGGGAGCCUGGUACUUCCUGGGUAUGGGUGUGAUGGAGGGCCACACUGUGUCUGAUGGAUGGGAGGAAUUCAAAGGAAAGUUCUGGGAGUUUUACAAGGCUGAUUGGUGCGUCUGGCCUGGGGCUCAGAUGAUCAACUUCUACUUCCUGCCCUCCAAGUUCCGGGUCCUGUAUGUGAACAUCAUCACCUUGGGGUGGGACACCUACCUGUCCUACCUCAAACACCGUGAGACCGUACAGAAGGAGUCUGUGGGACCAGUGAUGGAAGGAUCUGUGCCUGCAGCCAAGCAGGUGGAAGAAAAGCUCUAGUCUUGUUGGGCAAGGAGUUAAUAUCAGUGUUUUUAGUAAUUAAUUGUAUUUAUUUUAAAUUUAUUUUGACUUCAUUAACACGCUGCCUCUGAUUUUGAAGCU